GGAAAUUAAAAGAGCGCGUGCGUGUAGUUAAUUUUGACUUGCGUUGUCCUGUCUCUCUCUAGAAUACUUCUUUUCCACGUCCCUCCUAAAUAAUCAAGAUGGUGAACGUGCCAAAACAAAGACGGACUUUUUGCAAGAAAUGCAAAGUCCACAAGCCACACAAAGUCACCCAGUACAAAAAGUCGAAAGAAAGACAUGCGGCACAAGGAAGACGUCGUUAUGAUCGUAAACAACAGGGUUUCGGUGGACAAACUAAGCCUAUUUUCAGGAAAAAGGCCAAGACUACCAAGAAAAUUGUAUUGAGGAUGGAAUGUACUGAGUGCAAGUACAGAAAACAAAUUCCACUUAAGCGUUGCAAGCAUUUCGAACUUGGUGGUGACAAAAAGAGGAAGGGGCAAAUGAUCCAGUUUUAAGUUUAAGAAUUAAAUUUUAAAAUUGGAAUUACUGCUGUAUUUGCUAAGAAAAAUAAAAAAAUUGUCACUUAAAUAA